AAAAGUUGUUACUCUCGCGGUCAUAAAAUAUAUAUACACGAAAGAAAUAUAAGAGGAGCCAGUACAAUUGAUGUCGUGUAGAAAAGCGGAUAAUCUGUCGUAUAAAUCAUUCAAUUAACUGGUGACCUUACAUAUAACUGCACCAUCGAAAAAACGAGCUAGUUAUACGUGCGCUUAUGCAUUUGCAAAAAAUGGAUUUUGUACCAACUGAGCAUCAGCACACCAGGCUGAAUCCAUUGACUGGACAAUGGGUUCUUGUCUGUCCACACCGGAUGCAAAGGCCCUGGUCCGGACAGGAGGAAACACCGCAAAAGAAUGACUUACCGGAAUUUGAUCCAUCGAAUCCACUGUGUCCUGGAGUUGUGCGAAGUAAUGGAGAAAGAAAUCCUAAAUAUCAAUCAACAUUUGUGUUCACCAACGAUUUUCCUGCUCUACUGGAAAAUGUUCCAGCACCACCAUUGAGUGAUGAUCCAUUGUUCCAAGCACGAGAAGCUCGUGGAACAUGUAGAGUAAUGUGCUUCCAUCCAAAAUCCAACAAAACUUUACCGAUUAUGUCACCGAAGGAGAUCAGAACGGUCAUCGAUGAAUGGAUUCAUCAAUUCAAGGACUUGAUGGUAAAGUACACGUGGGUGCAAAUAUUCGAAAAUAAAGGGGCUGCGAUGGGCUGUUCAAAUCCACAUCCUCAUUGUCAAAUUUGGGCCUGUUCGUACAUGCCAACUGAACCCGCAACCAAAGACAAACACCUACGCGAAUAUUAUGCAAAGCACGGAACUGCACUGUUGGACGAUUACGUAGCCAAAGAAUUGCUGAAGAAAGAGCGCAUUGUUAUCGAGAAUCCGGAUUGGCUGGUGGUCGUACCGUACUGGGCUGCCUGGCCGUUCGAAACGAUGCUCGUAUCGAGAAACAAAGUAAAACGGAUCUGUGACUUGACGCAACAGGAAAUUAACAAUUUAGCUGUUGUGGUGAAAGAACUUACCACCAAAUAUGACAAUUUGUUCAAGUGCUCGUUUCCAUACUCGAUGGGAUGGCAUGGUGCACCGACAGGUAAUUUAAUCGAUCAGGACGUAAAUCCGUGGACACUUCAUGCGACUUACUAUCCGCCACUGUUGCGAUCAGCAACGGUUCGUAAAUUUUUUGUCGGAUUUGAGUUGAUGUGCCAAACGCAAAGAGAUCUUACUGCCGAACAGGCUGCUGAUCGCUUGAGACAAAUGGAUGGCCGGACACAUUAUUCAGUUGAGUGAUUAUCUUGGUGAUUCGGUUCGACUGAUGAAAAGUUUCAUUCCUUGUUUUGUAUUCAUUUGUCUUAACUGUCAUUCCUUUUUUAAACGACGAUUCGGGCUAUGUUACGUGUUAUAGCAAUAAAUUUCAGAAUUUUUAGAUCUU